UGAGGACAAAGCAGUUGUCAUUUUGCAUACAGAAGAUAAUGUUCGCAUUCGUGCUAUUCGCGAUGUUGGCAUGCGUCAGCGCAUCGCCCCACUACCAUCGAAGCCAUCACCAUGGCUACGGCCCCCCAUCUCCGUUCGGUUCCAAGGAAUUCGACCACAGAGGCUUCGGAAUGGAACCUUAUUUCGGCAACGAUAACGACUUCUUCCGCGACAACAUGUUCGAUACUCGAAGGUUCUGGGCAGAAUUGUCGCGGGAGAUGUCUAUGCUUGACCAGUUUCUUAACGAGUUUACUAAGCGGUUCCCCAACGGCGUCUCAAGCGAAGGCAUAGACUCUAAGACAAAUGAAUAUAAAGUCACAGUUCCAUUAAAUGGAUUCGAGGAACAGGAUAUCAAAGUGAAAGCCCGUGAAGGAGUUCUGAUGAUCCAGGCGGUAAGAAGCGCAGGGGAGGUUGGACAAAACAGUUACCUAAGCAUGAGGACGUUACCGGCCAUUGUCAAUGUCACCGGCAGUUGGACGUUUGAAAAUGGCGUUUUGAAAGUGGUGUUCCCUCUUCUAUCUACGCCGAAUGAGGAGGAGACGACCACAGAAGUCGUAACGGAGAUACCGGAGCAGUUCAAGCCGGAGAGCCGAGAAGAUACGACUGGAGACGACGAUAACACAGAUGCAGACGUAGGUGUAGCUAGAGGAGACGUUGCCAAGGAGACGGAGCUGCUUACAAACGAGGUACCACACAGAGAGGCGGUGGAGGCUACCACGUACGCUGUGGACCUUAAAGAUGAGGUGGAUUUCGUGCCAGUCCGUUACUAAAUAUAAUCUAGAAUAGGUGAUAAAUAAACAAUUUUAUAUUUAA